GAGGGGGUGGUCCUGUUGCGGGCUUUCUCAGCGUUGGCGAAGUGUGAGCGGAGCGGAGCGGAGGGAGCGAGGCAAGGAGCAGCUCAGGAAGGUGUCGCCUGAUCAGUGACCACCAACCCAAGGUCCCUCUGUCUGAGCAAGUUGUCCGGAGCGAGGGGCAACUCGCCGCGACCGAGGCAGAAAGAAUGGGAGGCAAGGAAGUCUGGCCGGCUCGUUGCCGGCUCCUCGCCCACGUCCUUCUCCUCUCCUUAGCCACUGUGAACGCUUCGAAGGUUUUGGAUGAAGUCUUGAUUCCAGUGGAUGCGGAGCUGGACCUGAGUCACCAGAGUUACCCAGAAGGAUCUGAUGAUGAGGAUUUCGGAUGGUCUGCUGAGGGAAGCACUGAUAUUGAAGAGGGCAGCACACCAGGCAUACCCGGUGAAAUUCCAACUACCCCAUCUAACAAAACAGUUUCAUUCACACCGCAGCCCGUGUCUGUCUCUCUCUUGCGUGGCGCAGUUCAUCCUGCAGUGAUUCCACUUGUAGCAGAAAUGAACAGUAGCCCUGAGCCUGCGGAAUAUGUUUACUACCGCGUGCUGGUGAAUUUCACAAAUUCAAUCGUGUUCAAUCCACAACUGGAAGAUUUUGAGUCUGAAGCAUUCAGAGAAAUCUCUGAAGGAAUCAUCGACUCGCUUGAGUCUGAAUACCACAGGAUCUCAGGAGAUCAGUCAGUCACCGUGGUAUUGAUUAGAGAAGUGGAUCAUAAUGUACUUGUGGAGCUGGAUGUGGGAUCUGACAGAAACAACAACGAUGCUGAGAUACAAGAGGUGGUUUACUCGGUUGUCAGAAGUGGGUCCAUCGGCCCGUACGAAACCACGGUUGAAGGCUUCUUAUUCCGGCACCUUGGACAAGCUGUGGAUCCUAGCUUUCGUCCGUGCCAUGCCAAUGAAUUUACCUGCAGCUCUGGCGAGUGUGUCCCCCUUGACUAUCGGUGUGACCUCAGAGCUGAUUGCAGUGACAUGUCUGAUGAAGACGACUGUGCCGAUCUAUUUAGCACAGUUGCCACUUCUCCGACCAUCCAGCCAACUGAGGCAGAGACCACCAUGCCAGCAUUUGUCAUCGCCAGGCAAGAAACUGUGCCCCAAGUUACUCCAGCGCCAGUGCGAAGGCCAGGACCAGGGCCAGGGCCAGGGCCAGCACCAGUCACUCCUAAUGUUCUGAGACCCUGUCCGGUGGACAAGGCUGUGUGCCAGGAUGGCCAGUGUAUUCCCAGAGACUAUCUGUGCGAUGGGGAAAGAGACUGCACGGAUGGCAGUGACGAACUGGACUGUGGAACACAGUCACCAUGUGAGCCGAAUGAGUUCAAGUGUAAGAAUAGUCGUUGUGCCUUGAAGCUGUGGCGCUGCGAUGGAGACAAUGAUUGCGGCGAUGAAUCUGAUGAAGAAUAUUGUCCCACCAAGGGGCCUGGAGAUAUGUGCGCCCCAGAGCAGUUUGUCUGUGUCUCCAACCGCUUGUGUAUCCCUGCCAGUUACCAGUGUGAUGAGGAGGCCGACUGCCCCGAUCGCUCCGACGAAUUUGGAUGCACACCUCCUCAGGUGAUCACACCGCCCGAAGAAACAGUGAUGGUGAAGCGUGGUGCCACCGUGGUCCUGACCUGUGUGGCCGCAGGAGUCCCCACCCCCAUCAUCACUUGGAGACUGAACUGGGGCCACAUCCCUAUCACCAGCAGGGUUACCAUGACAAGUCAGAAUGGACAGGGAACGCUGGUCAUUCGGGACGUCAAGGAAUCUGACCAAGGCGCGUACACCUGUGAGGCUAUCAACGCCAGGGGGAUGAUUUUCGCCAUACCUGAUGCACUACUGAUUUUGAAAUCCAACCCAGGACUCUGUCCAGGGGGACAAUUCAAUGUGGAAGGUACCCUGAGAUGCAUUCCCUGCUUCUGCUCUGGUCUCACGAAUAACUGUGUCCCCACAAGUCGCUACAGAACCCAGAUACGUCUGCGUUUCACAGAAGAAGACAAUUUUAUGGGUGUGAAUGUGACAGUGCCUGCAUCAUCCCAGCCACCGCUACCUCCUCUCACCAACUCUCAGAUGAUCGUGGACCCAGAGAAAGGAGAAUUUAAACUGGUCGAUCUCUCAAGGCGGUUCCUCAGCCAAGAGUCUUUCUGGACUCUCCCAAAGCAGUUUUUGGGAUAUAAGGUCGAUUCCUACGGUGGUCACCUGCGCUACAAGGUUCGCUACAGUGUGCCGAGAGGGCAGGUAGAGCCCGAGGGCAAACUUGAUGUAAUUAUAACAGGCAACGGGAGAAAACUAGUCUACAAAGUGAAGAGACCUGCUUAUCCCAACGUCAUUAAUCAGAGGGAUAUAAUCUUCACUGAGGAUAAGUGGCAGCACGAGUCAGGAACUCCUGUGACCCGUGAGGACCUCAUGAUGACAUUGGCUAAUCUGGACAGCAUUCUUAUCCAAACUAAGUAUGACAACAGGAUGGCCAGUGUGGGUCUCAGUGACAUCGUCAUGGAUACCACCAGCGUGGAGGUUACAAACCUGGGAAGACCACUGGUUGUUGAGGAGUGCAGAUGCCCUCAGAGUUACGUGGGUCUUUCAUGCGAGACCUGUGCCCCUGGGUUUAACCGUGUACCCAAUGGACAAUACCUUGGCGUGUGUGACGGCUGCAGCUGCAAUGGCCAUGCAAGCACCUGCGACAAGGUUACAGGAUACUGCCUGAACUGCCAGCACAACACGGAAGGCCCACAGUGUGACAAGUGCAAAGCAGGGUUUUUUGGCAAACCCACAGGAGGGACUCCUGGCGACUGCAAGCCGUGUCCUUGCCCACAUACUAGCCCCAGCAGGAGAUUUUCGGACACGUGUUUCGUGGGUACGGACAAUCGUCCCAUCUGCGAUGCUUGCCGUAAGGGUUACAGUGGGCGACGCUGUGAAACUUGUGCUGCUGGCUACACGGGAGACCCAAUGCAACCAGGAGGAAAAUGUACGCCCACUGCGGGAGAAAUUACAACGUGCGACAGCAAAGGAACUGACACUACGAAACCAUCCGAUGGAUAUUGCGUGUGUAAGCCCAAUGUUGUCGGAAGAUUCUGUGCUGAAUGCUCAGCGGGAUCCUUCAAUCUCGAUGACUCCAAUGUGGACGGUUGCCUGAAAUGUUUCUGCAUGGGGAACAGCAAAGAGUGUGCCAGUUCAUCUUGGCACCGGGACCAGGUCCAGGCUGCUUUAGAUGAACAGGAAAGGGGUCUUUACAAGUUCACCAAUAUGGCAGACACACAUAGGAUCACUGAAGGAAUUCGGAUCAGUGCCUCGAAUGAGCUGAUAUUUACGAAUUUUGCCACUAUCCCUCGAGACAUCUACUAUUGGAUUCUACCCAAGAGAUUUAAAGGUGACAAGGUUACUUCUUACGGAGGGAAAAUGCAGUACACCAUCCUGCAGAAAUUCUCCCACGGUUCCUCAGUCGUCACUGGACUACCGGACGUCAUCCUACAAGGCAACAACAUCUUCUUGGAGCACUACACCAGGAGGCCAGAGCGCGGUGUACCCACCACCAUCACCAUUCACUUCAAAGAAACGGAAUGGCGCCGUGCGGAUGGCCAGCCUUCCACCAGAGAACACCUCCUGAUGGCUUUGGCUGAUAUUAACCUCUUCAUGAUCCGAGGGAGUUAUUCUGAAGGAGCAACUGAGAGCAGAAUUUCCCAGAUCCGUAUGGAUGUUGCCGUCCCACAUUCCACUGGACAAGAAAAAGCAGUUGAGGUUGAGGAAUGUGUCUGCCCUGAAGGUUACAAAGGAACAUCAUGCCAGGAAUGUGACCUUGGCUACACACGUACCACAAGCGGCCUUUACCUGGGAAUCUGUGAGCGCUGUGAAUGUAACGGCCACUCCGACUGUGAUGUGGACACAGGAGAAUGCCAGAAAUGCCAGCACAACACCCAAGGCCAGAAGUGUGAGCAGUGCAAGCUGGGAUUCUAUGGUGAUGCCAAGGGUGGAAAGCCAGAUGACUGUCAACCUUGCCCCUGCCCAGGAACCACCCCCUCAAAUCAAUUCUCAGAGACGUGUUUCCUUGGAACAGAUGGAAAGCCAACUUGUAAUAAUUGCCCGAGUGGAUUCGGAGGCAGAAACUGUGAAAGAUGUGCUCCAGGAUACACUGGGAACCCCACAUAUGGACAGCGCUGCACCAUUGCAGGUCGUUGUACUUGUGAUUGGAGAGGCAGCAUUGAAACCCAAUGUGAUGCCAGUGGAAACUGCCGAUGCAAGCCCCACGUGGAAGGCCCGACUUGUGACUCUUGUAAAAGUGGCCACUUCUUCCUGAGCACGGAGAACAGAGAGGGGUGCCUGCCAUGUUUCUGCAUGGGAGUGACCCAGCAAUGCAGCAGCUCCCCGCACUACAGGCAACUGGUCGCCAGUCCAUUUGUUCCACCAAAUAACUUCCAGAACUUCUCCCUGGUGAGCCGCCAGCGCACGACACACAUCACCUCCGGAUUCACGGUGACGGUGAGAGAGGUCCAACCGCAGCUCUCCUUCGGACGCUUUGGGCAGUACACCCAGGAGUCCUACUACUGGCAGCUUCCAGAAGUCUUUCAAGGGGAUAAGCGGGAGGAAUUCUUUGCUCGCAUUAGACGUGGGCACAAGAAGGACCCAUCUUUAACUGAGGAGCAGCUGAGAAAGGAUGCCGCCAUCUGGGAACUCUUGAGCUCCUCUUCAUCGCAUUCUAGGCUUAAAAGAUCUUCAAAGUCUGUGCCUGAUAUGGAAGAGCAGAAGCGUAUAGAUGAUGAAGUGUGGGCCAUUAUUACGGGUUUUGCUGCUGAGCAGUUGCACAAACCACACAGUCCUGUCGUGUCCAGCGGUAAAAAUCAGUCGCGAUCAUCGCGUCCCUUUUCUCGCCUGGCGUCAGCAGGACCUGCCGGGCCACCUGCUCCCUCUGCCUCUCGCAAAAGUUCAGCUCAUUCCGUAUCUUCUUCCUCUUCAAGAACUGCCUCUUCCCAUUCUUCUCUCUCCCCAUCUCUGCUUUCUCAUCCUGCCCACCACAAAAAGAUGAAAAACAUCUCUAAGAUCCCCUCACUGCAAGCGGAGGAAUCAGCAAAUCUUAUUGCUUCCUCAGUGUGGGGCCCACGACCGGAGAAGUAUGCUCUGCUUUACAAGGGCUUCAGCCUCCUGCCUGAAAACAAUUUCUAUUGGCGACUUCCUCAUCAGUACCUGGGCAACAAGGUGACAUCCUACGGUGGACGCCUUCGUUACACGCUGUCCUACGACUCGGGGUUCCGGGGAACUGCAGUACCAGAUGCGGAUGUCCAGAUCAUUGGUAACGAUAUCACCUUGGUUACCUACCACGCUCACCAGCUGAGGCCAAGAGAGACCAUGAGCUUUGAAGUCACGUUCAAGGAGCAACUUUGGAAGCGUCCAGAUGGCCAGCCGGCCACCAGGGAGCAUCUGCUGAUGGUCCUCGCUGACCUGGAUGAAGUGCUCAUCCGGGCCACCUACUCGACUGACAUGAUCUCCGCCAGCCUCUCUGAUGUGAGCAUGGAGAUCGCAGUGCCCUUCUACACCAGCCUGGGCCAGGCACAGGAGGUGGAAGAAUGCCAUUGCCCGCAGGGCUACCAUGGCUUGUCUUGUCAGGACUGUGCGCCUGGUUAUACGAGGACCAGCGGAGGCCUGUACCUGGGACACUGCGAGCGGUGUGAAUGCAACGGACACUCGGACGCCUGCCAUCCGGAGACUGGUGCUUGCUCGAACUGUUUACAUAACACUGCUGGGGAGUUCUGUGAUCAUUGUGCCCCAGGCCAUUACGGUGAUGCUACAGCAGGUUCUCCAGAGGAUUGCCAACCCUGUGCUUGCCCCCUGCCCAUCGCAGAAAACCAGUUUUCGCCCAUCUGUGAAAACAAUGGAGCGGAUGGUUUCAGGUGUACAGCCUGUCUGCUUGGCUACACCGGGCAGCACUGCGAAUACUGUGCUCCUGGGUAUUCCGGAAAUCCAAGAAUUCCAGGACAGAGGUGUCUUCUCGUAGAUCGCAAUCCUUUUGUGGUCCGUGUUAUCCCUGAGAGAGCAGAGGUGGAACAAGGUGGCAGGGUGGUACUGAAAUGCCAGGUUAUUGGUCAAGCUCCAUUCUACUACUACUGGAGCAGAGCUGAUGGUCAGCCCUUGUCCAACCGUGUUCAGCAAAGGGCCCAAGGUGAAGAGCUUUUGAUCCAGGAAGUCAAACCAUCCGAUGCUGGAAUUUAUAUAUGUACAUGCCGAAAUAUGGAGAGCUCUAAUUCAAGUCGGGUUGAAGUCAUUGUGACUGCAACCUCAUUCAAAGCCAUAACUGUGACUGUAGAAGAGCCAAAGACACAGACUGUGAGAGCUGGCAUCACUGUCAAUUUUAUCUGCACAGCAAAGAGUCAGUCCCCAGCGUACACGUUGGUCUGGACCCGUCAACAUGGAAGCAAGUUGCCAAACACCGCAGUGGACUUCAAUGGAAUCUUGACCAUCCGUAAUGUCCGUCCCGAGGAUGCCGGCAUCUACGUCUGCACAGGCUCCAACAUGUUUGCUAUGGACGAGGGGACCGCUGUUCUAACCGUACCAGCUUCGUCACAGGUCCAUUCUCACACAUUUGAAACACCAGAAGGUUACAGACAAUCAUCAGUGCCUGUAGCCACUAUCGAGCCUCAAAUCCUUACAGUCAAACAGGGGCAGACUGCUGAAUUCCGAUGCACAGCGACUGGAAAUCCUCCUCCAACCUUGGAAUGGUUUGGGGGCCAAGGCAAUAUUAUUUCACCAAACGCAGUAAUUCAGGAUGGACUUCUCCGCUUUGUGGCUACGGAGCAUUCCGAUGAAGCAGAGUAUUCUUGCAAAGCAUCAAACAGUGCUGGACACAACAUUGCCACCACAGUUCUCUACGUGCAAAGUGGCGGCAACCUGCCUCGUGUACAGGUCAGCCCGCAACGAAUAGAGGUUCCAGAGGGCGACACUGUGAGGUUGUACUGUCGGGCAGCAGGACAUCCUACACCAACACUCACGUGGAAGAAACGGGGAGGAGAACUACCGCCCCAGGCUGUCUCCUUAUUUGGUUUCCUUCCAAUGGGAACUAUUGGCAGUGCUAAGAAUUUGGAGAGGCGCAUCCAAGAGUUACAGGCGAAGAUUGAACGAACUGAUAUUGGAACUCUGGUUAUCCCUUCGAUCACCACUGCCCAUUCCGGUGUCUACUUGUGUGUGGGAACCAACGCUGCUGGGUCCACAGAAGGUCGCAUAGAAGUGAUGGUCUUUGCCUCUCAAGGCUCUGUACCAAUGGUUAGAAUUCAGCCUUCGCCUGCCACAGUCAGAGAUGGAGAAACACUGGAGUUAUACUGCCAGGCAACUGGUGACCCUCAACCUGUGAUCACAUGGCGAAGGGCACGUGGUCGCCUGACCACCAAUCACCAGGUUCAGGGUCCGGUGCUGCGUAUCCGGCCGGCAACUCGGGCUGAAGCCGGGAGUUACAUCUGUCACGCGGAAAACAGCCUGGGAAUGCAGGAUGUGGCCGUGUCUGUUUCCAUCACGUCCGCUGUCUCACCAAGAAAAGCAGCCCCGACGGUCAACGUUUACUCCUCUCCCAGCACGGUAACAGAGGGAGAAUCGCUAGAGUUACACUGCCAGGUCACAGGUCAACCACAACCCAGGGUCACAUGGCACAGGACGGGGGGCCCUCUAACCGCCAAUCACCAGGUGCAGGGUUCUGUGCUGCGAAUCCUUCACAUCAUGCCGCCUGACAUCGGAGACUACAUCUGCCGUGCCGAAAAUAACCUUGGAAGGCGAGAGGUCAAAUUUUCCGUGUCAGUCACCGCAUCACCCUCACAGAGAAGCCCCCCGAUCGUGCUGGUCCAUCCCUCUCCCACCUCGGUAACCGAGGGAGAAAUGGUGGAGUUGCACUGCCAGGUCACAGGUCAUCCGCAACCCCAGAUCACAUGGUACAGGACAGCCGGGCCUCUGACCACCAACCACCAGGUUGACGGUUCCGUGCUGCGCAUCCUUCAAGUGACUUCCGCUGACGCUGGCGAUUUCAUGUGCCGUGCCGAAAACGUCCUUGGAAUGCAAGAGAUCAAAUUCUCCGUCUUGAUCAUCUCAAUAUCCCAAAGUCGACCCCCGACUGUGCUGGUCCAUCCCACUCCCACCUCGGUAACCGAGGGAGAAAUGGUGGAGUUGCACUGCCAGGUCACAGGUCAACCGCAACCCCGGAUCACAUGGUACAGGACAGCCGGGCCUCUGACCACCAACCACCAGGUUGACGGUUCCGUGCUGCGCAUCCUUCGCACGAGUACCGCUGAUGUUGGCGAUUACGUCUGCCGUGCCGAAAACGUCCUCGGAAUGCAAGAGAUCCAAUUCACCGUCUUGAUUACUUCAAUAUCCCAAAGUCGACCCCCGACUGUGCUGGUCCAUCCCUCUCCCACCUCAGUAACUGAGGGAGAAAUGGUGGAGUUGCACUGCCAGGUCACAGGUCAACCGCAACCCCGGAUCACAUGGUACAGGACAGCCGGGCCUCUGACCACCAACCACCAGGUCGACGGUUCCGUGCUGCGCAUCCUUCACGUGAGUCCCGCUGACGUUGGCGAUUACGUCUGCCGUGCCCAAAACGCCCUUGGAAUGCAAGAGAUCCAAUUCUCCGUCUUGAUCAUCUCAAUAUCCCAAAGUCGACCCCCGACUGUGCUGGUCCAUCCGACUCCCACCUCGGUAACCGAGGGAGAAAUGGUGGAGUUGCACUGCCAGGUCACAGGUCAACCGCAACCCAAGAUCACAUGGUCCAGGACAGCCGGGCCUCUGACCACCAACCACCAGGUUGACGGUUCCGUGCUGCGCAUCCUUCGUGUGACCUCUGCUGACGUUGGCGAUUUCAUCUGCCGUGCUGAAAACGUCCUUGGAAUGCAAGAGAUCAGAUUCUCCGUCUUGAUCACCUCAAUAUCUCAAAGUCGACCCCCGACCGUGCUAGUCCAUCCCUCUCCCACCUCGGUAACCGAGGGAGAAAUGGUGGAGUUGCAGUGCCAGGUCACAGGUCAACCGCAACCCAGGAUCACAUGGUCCAGGACAGCCGGGCCUCUGACCACCAACCACCAGGUUGACGGUUCCGUGCUGCGCAUCCUUCGUGUGACCUCUGCUGACGUUGGCGAUUUCAUCUGCCGUGCUGAAAACGUCCUUGGAAUGCAAGAGAUCAGAUUCUCCGUCUUGAUCACCUCAAUAUCCCAAAGUCGACCCCCGACCGUGCUAGUCCAUCCCUCUCCCACCUCGGUAACCGAGGGAGAAAUGGUGGAGUUGCAGUGCCAGGUCACAGGUCAACCGCAACCCCGGAUCACAUGGUACAGGACAGCCGGGCCUCUGACCACCAACCACCAGGUUGACGGUUCCGUGCUGCGCAUCCUUCGUGUGACCUCUGCUGACGUUGGCGAUUUCAUCUGCCGUGCCGAAAACGUCCUUGGAAUGCAAGAGAUCAGAUUCUCCGUCUUGAUCACCUCAAUAUCCCAAAGUCGACCCCCGACCGUGCUAGUCCAUCCCUCUCCCACCUCAGUAACCGAGGGAGAAAUGGUGGAGUUGCAGUGCCAGGUCACAGGUCAACCGCAACCCCGGAUCACAUGGUCCAGGACAGCCGGGCCUUUGACCACCAACCACCAGGUUGACGGUUCCGUGCUGCGCAUCCUUCGUGUGACCUCUGCUGACGUUGGCGAUUUCAUCUGCCGUGCCGAAAACGUCCUCGGAAUGCAAGAGAUCAGAUUCUCCGUCUUGAUCACCUCAAUAUCCCAAAGUCGACCCCCGACUGUGCUAGUCCAUCCCACUCCCACCUCGGUAACCGAGGGAGAAAUGGUGGAGUUGCAGUGCCAGGUCACAGGUCAACCGCAACCCAGGAUCACUUGGUACAGGACAGCCGGGCCUCUGACCACCAACCACCAGGUUGACGGUUCCGUGCUGCGCAUCCUUCGUGUGACCUCUGCUGACGUUGGCGAUUUCAUCUGCCGUGCCGAAAACGUCCUCGGAAUGCAAGAGAUCAGAUUCUCCGUCUUGAUCACCUCAAUAUCAGGAAGUAGGCCCCCGACCGUGCUGGUCCAUCCCUCUCCAACCUCGGUAACCGAGGGAGAAAUGGUGGAGUUGCAGUGCCAGGUCACAGGUCAACCGCAACCCCGGAUCACAUGGUACAGGACAGCCGGGCCUCUGACCACCAACCACCAGGUUGACGGUUCCGUGCUGCGCAUCCUUCACGUGACUACCGCUGACGCUGGCGAAUACGUCUGCCGUGCUGAAAACGCCCUUGGAUUGCAAGAGAUCACAUUCUCCGUCUUGAUCACUACAAUAGUAACCCGGCCUGGGACCCCUCCCAAAGUGAAGGUCUAUUCCUCUCCCAGCUCGAUCACAGAGGGUGAAAUGCUGGAGUUGCGCUGCCUGGCGUCAGGACAACCAGAGCCCAGAGUCACAUGGUCCAAGGGAGCUGGCCAUCUAACAACCAAUCAUCAGGUUGACGGUCCCGUGCUGCGCAUCCUUCGCCUGGGUCCCGCGGACGCUGGCGAUUACAUCUGCCGUGCCGAAAACGUCCUGGGAAUGCAGGAGUUCAAAUUUUCCGUCUCGAUCGCAUCCACGGAACAAAUAUAUGAAGGUGUGCCAAUAGUGAGAGUGCAGCCCACGCCCACCUCAGUAACAGAGGGAGAUAUGCUGGAGUUACAUUGCCAGGUCACAGGACAUCCUCAACCCUUCUUCAGAUGGUACAAGAUGGAUGGAACCCUCACCGAGCGACACGAGACGCAGGGCUCUUUGCUGCGAAUCCUGGAAGUGACCCCUGAUGACAUGGGGGAUUAUGUCUGCCGUGCUGAGAACACGUAUGGAAUGGAGCAGCUGAUAUUCUCAGUGUCUGUCACCUCCAUGUCAUCCAGGAAGAAGUUACCUGUUAUCACCACCAGAUCCCAGGAUGUUACAGAAAUCGAAGGCAGUGACGCAGUCUUUCAGUGCCAAGUCACAGAGGGAGCUCGGCCGUUCCACAUCGUGUGGAAGACACCUCAUGAAAACCAACAAGACAACAUGAAGAUCAGUAGUGACGGCACCAUGAUAACAAUCAGUAGAAUUCGUCAGCAGGACCAAGGCCAGUACAAAUGUAUAGCGCGGAAUCAAUUUGGAUCAGCAUUCAGCAUAAUGACUCUGAUCGUACAAGGACCGCCCACUGUGUCCGUCUCUCCCAGAGGUCCAGUAAGACUAGGGUUAGGUGAUUCCAUUACUCUGGAGUGUAUUGGAAUGGGAGAGCCUCGUCCGACAAUCAGCUGGCAUCGGUCUGGUGGCCGGCAAAGUAACAACGUGGGGAGAGAGCUGCCAAAGGAAGGCGAGCCCAUCCUGACAAUAUCCUCUGCCCGGCUGCAGGAUUCUGGAACCUACACCUGCAGGUCGAGAAAUAUGUUUGGCACAACAGAGGCGCAGGUGGAGGUCAUAGUCGACCGUUCACCCUCCACCCCUCAGACUCCUCAGGUCACUGCAGAAGAACCUUCAAUAACCACCACCGCAGGCCAGAUUGCUACCCUGCGCUGCUCAGCCACUGGUUAUCCCACUCCAAUUAUUCAAUGGUCUAAACUGCGGGCCCCGUUGCCAUGGCAGCAUAAGAUUGUUGAUGGAUCAUUGGUUAUCCCUAAUGUCGGACUACAGGAUUCGGGCCAGUACAUCUGUAAUGCCUCCAAUUCAGCUGGAUUCAAUGAGCUCUUCAUAAUGCUGGAUGUAGAAACCACACCGUACGCCACCUUCGAUGUGGAGACUGUCUCUGUGCGUGUGGGCGAGAUCGUCCGGUUACACUGCCUGUCCCAAGGAACCCCGCCGAUCACAUAUGAAUGGUCCAAAGUCAAUGGAACCUUACCAGACCGGGCUGUCAAACGCAAUGGAAUCCUGCAGAUUAACCUUGCCGUGGUGUCUGACUCAGGCCGGUACAAGUGUCUGGUGAAGAACAAAGUUGGUCAAAGUGAUGCUAUUGCAACAGUAAAUGUGAAAUCUCCCCCCGCAGUGCGAAUAUCACCACAGAUUGAGGUGAAAAAUAUCGGUGGCACUGUGGAAUUCACCUGCUCGGUUAUCGGUCACCCAGCACCCAGGAUCGAGUGGUUGAAGGAAGGAGGACAUUUGCCACCAAAUCACAAAGUCUCCAAAGGAGUCUUGAGAAUUCAAAACGUACAGGAAGGAAAUGAAGGAGUUUACAUCUGCAGAGCAUUGAACCAAUUUGGGCAGGCACAGGACAGUGCCAAACUGGUCAUCCAAGCCCUACCCAUCGUCAUGAUAAAUGUGAGGACGUCUAUGCAGAUGGUGAUGGUCGGAGGCUCGGUGGAGUUCGAAUGUGAGGCCAUUGGGGAUCCCCAACCUUUUGUCAAGUGGAGUAAGGUGGAGAGCGAGCUAGCUCCUGAGGUCAUGAUCAAGAAUGGAAUGCUGAAAUUUGAACAUGUGAAGGAGUCUGAUGCUGGGCGUUACAGAUGCACGGCCACCAACGAUGUGGGAUCCGUACAGUCCGAGGUGGUUCUGUAUGUACAGACUGUUCCUAUGAUUGCCCCUCACCCAGAGCUGAAAGAAGUAGCAAUUGGAUCCACGGCCGUCUUCCCGUGUCUAGCCUCCGGGUUCCCAGUGCCAGAAGUCACCUGGAGUAAGCUGGAGGGAGAGCUCCCCCCUGGGGCCAAUGUCGAGAACAACGUGUUGACCAUACCGUCCGCUGCCCCCGAACACACUGGAACAUACGUCUGCACAGCCACAAAUGAGCAGGGAAUCGAGACAGCCUACGCCAUGCUCCAAGUCCGAGAACGCAAGGUUCCGUACUUCACACAGACCCCCAUCUCCUACAUUGCCGUGCCCACCAUAAAGGAUGCUUACCACCAGUUUAAAAUUAAAAUAACAUUCCGUCCAGAUGCAGCUGAUGCUCUCUUACUGUACUCUGGUAUGAUCAUUUACAAUGGCCAAAGAAAAAACACUGGAGCAGAUUUCAUCUCCUUUUCAUUAGUGGGAGGCCGACCUGAAUUCAGGUUUGAUGUGGGAUCUGGCAUGGCCACCAUCCGCCACCCAAACCCCAUCUCCCUGGGAGAAUACCACACUGUGGUGUUGUAUCGGAACUUAACUCAGGGCUCCCUGUAUGUAGACACCAACCUUCCUGUCAAUGGCAGUUCUCAGGGAAGUUUCCGGGGCCUGGAUUUGAAUGAAGAGCUGUACAUCGGAGGAUAUCCCAACUUUGAUAACAUUUCUAAAGUAACUGGAAGUAACAGUGGGUUUAUGGGUUGUAUCCGCCAACUCAUCAUUCAAGGCGAUGAGGUGAUCUUCUCAGCUCCAGACCUGAGAGCCAAGGGAAUAUCCAACUGUCCAGUCUGCAAAGAUAAUCCUUGCAAGAAUGGAGGUCAAUGUUUGGACUCUAAGACCAGCAGCUAUGUGUGUCGGUGCAGGUCAGGGUUUACUGGCAGCAACUGUGAACAUUCACAGGCAUUGCACUGUCACCCAGAGGCUUGUGGGCCAGAUGCAACGUGUGUGAACAUACCGAACAGUCGUGGUUAUAACUGCCGCUGCCAUCUCGGAAAAAGUGGCUCAAAGUGUAUGGAUGGUGUGUUGAUUACAGCUCCUUCCUUCAGGGGAGGUGACUCCUUCGUGACAUAUCCACCACUGACGAACGUCCACAAUGAGUUGACGAUUGAGCUGGAAUUCAAACCUCGCGCACCCACCGGCCUCAUGUUCUACAGCAGUGGCAAGCGAAUGAAAAUGAUUGACUUCAUCUCAGUCGCCAUGCUCAAUGGGCACGUGGAAUUCCGCUACGAACUGGGAUCAGGACUAGCUGUUCUGCGGAGCGCCAAAACAGUAGCUCUCAACAAGUGGCACAAGUUGAGAGCACAUCGACAUGACAGGGCUGGAUCACUGACUGUUGACAAUGAGGAGGAGAUCCGAAAUGUCUCUCCGGGAAAAAGCCUGGGCCUUAACCUGCGAAGCCCGAUGUAUCUUGGUGGCGUGGCAAGAUCGGAUGUUCUUCCCAAGGCAAUCAACAUUACUGAGGGGAUUGAUGGCUGUAUUGCUAAGGUGCUAAUCAAUGGGAAGAAAGUGGAUAUCUCCUACACCUUUUCAGCGAGCCAGAACGUGGAUCAGUGUUAUGACAACUCGCCAUGUGACCGGGUCCCUUGUCUGCAUGGAGGAAGGUGUCUGAUGACUGGAGAGUAUGAAUAUCAGUGCAUCUGUACAAGUGACUAUCAGGGUGAACACUGCGAAACCUCCCAGGAUAAAUGUUUGCAGGGAAACCCCUGCAUGAAUGGCGGGACGUGUGAGAAGGGGCAGUGCUUGUGUCCCAUGGGAUACACUGGAUUAUACUGCGAGCUAGGAAUACCUGCCCCACCACCAGAAUGGCACAUGGAGGGUAGUGCGGAUUCGCCUGUGCAGUAUGGAGCCUUCUUCCACAGUGGGGGUUAUAUCAUUUUACCAAAACAGAUGUUCCCACGGAGUUCCCCAUCUGUCCCUGAAACCAUUGAAAUGGAGGUUCGCACAACCACGAGCGAUGGCCUCUUGCUUUGGCAGGGUGUGAAACAUGGAGAAAGCGGAAAAGGAAAAGACUACGUCUCUCUCGGUCUCCAGAAUGGGCACGUGCUCUUCAGUUACCAGUUGGGAAGUGGUGAAGCUAACAUUCUCUCAGAUGAUCCCAUCAACGACGGGGAAUGGCAUAAAAUAAUUGCUGUGCGUGAAGGCAAAAGAGGGUAUGCCCAACUGGAUGGAGAUGAGAUUGUGUACGGAGAGUCCAAAGGCGACAAGGUCAUGGUCAACACUGGUGGUAGCAUCUAUCUGGGUGGAGCUCCAGAGGUCAAAUACUUCACAGGGGGAAAGUUCACCUCUGGGAUUACUGGCUGCAUCAGGAAGGUGAUCCUUGUGAAUAAAAGGCCCGGCCAACAUCGAGUGCAGCCCGUCGACCUGCGGGUUCAUGCGGAGGGUGGGGUGAAUGCCGAAGAGUGUCAGUCGUAGGCACUCAGAUUCACCAAAGGCAAAGUAGAGACUUCUGGGGAAAGGUGCUUUGCUGCUAUUAAAUUGGAUUGUCUUGUGUUCUUUAAUGCAGUCCAUUUUAACCAAAAAAGAAAUCAUCGCAACGUCAUCUAAUUGUAUUCUGUUGAAUGAAGGUUUCGACAAGUCAGAUUGAUUUAUUUUGUACUACAACAGCCAUACAAGAACGCCAGCAUUAUCCUUCGAGGCUGAUGAUCCUAUGGAUUUAGGUUGCUCUAGCACUGAAGGUUGGAAUGUAGGUGAACAAGAACAACUAGGAAUCUUUUUGCUACCACGGUCUCUGGGUUUUAAGGCACACUGGCCCAGGUUUGUCUCUACUUGAGUAGGCACAAUUCAUUUGUUUAAGGAAAAGGUUCACAAGUUGCAUAAAGUUUUGUGCUAAAAAUUUUGGAUGGCUGGUCAGGAUAGGAUCUUUAUCAUUGUCGACGAUAUACAAAAAUCUGAAUUGGUACCAGUGUUUCAAGAGUUUAUUAUUGUGUGGAUUUCUGUCAGUUACAUCGGCAGUCAUUUCCUACACCUACGUAUCGCUGGCUUACCAAUUGUUCAGCAAUGCUGAAAUCCAAGUCUCUGCUUAAACUUGCCCCUGGAUUAUAUGGUGCGUGCAUUGGUAUAAAAUGGUGCAGAGGUACACAAGGGCUUCCAAAGAAACAAUGUCAGUGAAGGAUCGGGAUUUGGACAGGGGAGGGAGGAUCAGGAUAGGAAACUGUCAAAGAUGACAACACCUUAAGGAAAAAGCUCAAGGUCACUAAAUAUUGUUCUAUAAGGUUAGCUUCCCAAUAGCAAUCCAGAAUUUGCAAGCCCAAAGUGGAAAACUAAAUACCUUUUAUUUGUUCCGUUAUGUGCUGUAAACAGGUGCAAUGAUGGCUUUGGCACAAUUCGGAAUGGAUUGUGCCAGAGGCCUCUACUCCCAAAGGAACAAAACGUGGUCCUAUCUGCCUUAUCUUUCAGCCUUUUCCAGAGGCACUCUCUACAAGGUCUUGGGAAUGAAGGAAUCCAGUAAAUAACCAAGUUUCAAUCAAUAAAUCUUUAAAGGGCAUUGUCUUAAGAAAUAUUGAGCUGACUGUCAGUUGUUCACAUGUACUGUGCAUUAACAUGUAGUUCAGACAUGGUUAAAGCUGUGACACAAGGCUGCACUGCAUCCAUUCCCAAGUACAAUGAACUCAAUGUCCUUCAACUCACAACUUGACAAUGCACUGAUUGUUUUUUCAUAUGUUAAUCACUUCCUUUAGUAGGCAAAUGGAAUUCCCAAAAGGGAAAAAUGGAUCUAGCAAAAUUAAAUCAUGUGAACCUUGUUCCUUUUACUUUGAGGUGUUGUUUCGUUGGCAGAAAGAGGCAAUCCUGCUCCCAAUAGACUUUACGGAUUUGAGCGUUUUGCAAGUGAGGUAAAUGCCAGGGUAAAUUUUGUGUGCAGAUACUAAAUGUUGAAUGGAGAGUGAUAUUUUUUAAACUGUUGGUAACAUAUGGCUAUAUGUAUAGCAAGGAAGCAGUAAACUUACAGGUAAGAUCAAGAAAGAAAACGUGACCUCUGGUACCAAUAUACCAUCCCCAAAUCAGCCACAAGGCUUUCGAUUCAGGUGCAAGAAUACAUUCAAACUGAAUGAAGGAUUAAAAUUUUAGUUUGAAAUGUGAAACACUCUUUGUGUUCCAAUUCUGAAUUCAUUGAUUAAUUAAUGAGCCAUCUUGUGAACCUUUUAUGAAAAAUGUUUGCUGGAGACAUAGCCAACUCAUUUUUAGAACAAAGUCAGAACACUCAUGCAUAGUCAAUGCUUUAAUAGAACUACUGACAUCUCUCUCUCUUUCUCUCUCUCUCUCUAAUUCUCUCUCUCUCUCUCUCUCUCUCUCUCUCUCUCUCUCAUUGAGCAUAGCCAGGGCAAUCGCACACACAACAUAUGUUAGUACUCUUAAUAUUUAUCUAUUCAUUUAUUAUAUGUACAGCAUCCUCGAACGUUAUUGUAAUAUUUGAUCAUUUUCUGUGUUUCUUUUAAUCAAAGACAUUCUCUUCCAUUAAUUGCAGUAUUAAUGAGAUCUGACUCCUCAGUGAGUCAGUAUUUCAGCUACCUAUUUAAUAGUAUGUUAUUAUAAAACUGAGCAGAUUUAUAACAACCAUUUGAUUUUGUGUUUGUGUGUGUGGAAAGCCUUAAAGAAUUAAUAAUCUUCCUCUUGUUAAAUAGACUAAUUUAUAUUAGCUUCAUUUUUGUUCACAUCAUUCUUUGUUAGUGGGAUACAUAUGGCUUCACAGUAGAAAGCUGCAGUAAUCAAUUUCAAAUCUGAAUUAGAAAGAUAUAUAUGAAGAAUUCCACUCCUAUAUACAUUCACUUAAGCACUAAUGCUGUGGACUACUAGAAUAAGUAGAAAAUGCAAUUCUGUUCCAUGGUUUUCUUAGAAAUAUAUCCUGGAGACUGAUCUCACCUGAUUCCCCCAAACCUUCUUGGACAGAAGCUAUGAUUUAUUUUCUAGUCCAUUUGGUGAGACGGGGCUGGAAAAUGGAAGGGUCUUGGAGAUAAAAGGAACACAUACCCCUAGUCAAAAUCAUGCUUCAAAGAUUAAUGGAAGUCUUUCUUUGUUGGCAUUUGGUACUGGCUGGUUCCAGAGUAAAAACAGCGAGAUAAUAGAAUCUUUCAACAAUUGUUAGUUGUAGGGCUCUCCUACAGUCUGUUACAGGAGGAAGAGCUUGUAUCUCCUUAAACAUUGUUACAUCGACAUUUAGAAUGCAGCUUCUAAAGAUUUUAAGCAUUUUGUUUAGCCAUAUAUCGUUAAUUUGAUUUCCAAGUACCACUGGUUAAGUAUACAGUGAAGCAGCCAGAUGGAUAAGCAGAUGGAUAAGAUUGUGUAACUAUUUGUGAAACAAUAGGGUGCUCUUGGUGUGUUGGGAAAUAUAAUUUACUUUCAACACUUGGUCCCAGUUAAACUGAUACAAUAAUUUUAUACUUUAUCACUGUGCUACAAACCAAAAACUUGUAGGCGCAAAGACUGCAAGCGGCAAACUAAUAUAUUGUAGAAACAAAGAACUGCAGAUGCUAGUUUACAAAAGAAAAACAAAGAGUGCUGGAGUAGCUCAGCGGGCCAGGCAGUAUCUCAGGAGAACAUGGAUAGGUGACGUUUCGUGUCAGGACCCUUUAGUCUGAAGAAGGGUCCCGACUUGAAAUGGCAUCUAUCCACGUUCUCCCGAGAUGCUGCCUGACCUGCUGAGCUACUCCAGCACUCUGUGUCUUCUUCUGAACUAAUAUAUUGUGUGCUGUGCCUGCAUUCAGCCUAUGUCAUUGAACAUUAAUGAGGGGAAAAUGUGAAUGGAGCAGAUAAAGUAUGAGACCCUAAUCAGACUGAUUCCUUGUGUCUUUUUAAAUAGGGAAAUUGGUGCAUUCAUCACCUACCAAAACAUUCACUGGCAGAACUAAAGAGAUCUUCUAACAACCUGGCUAGCCACAUUCACAUACUGUAUGUUAUAUUAACCCACUAAAGAACUUUAUUUUUUAUAAAGAAUAAAGGCCUUGCAAUGUAGAUUGUAACACAAACUAUGUCCAUUUGGAGGUGAUUCAGUGACCUGGGCAAUGGGAAGUAAGGAUAUGACUGAAUUAUUAAGAUGCUGAUCUUUUUUUACUGCUUUCAGGGUUAAACAGUGUCUUUGCUUCCAGACUUUUUUUAACUUCAGUUAGUGUGAAUUUUAUUAAAUAAUAAUAUACAUGUGUGGGCAAUGAAAACCCAAUUGGUGGUCCAGUUGCAAAAUAUAUUCAACAAUGCCUCUAUCAAAGGCAGGGACUACUGCAGAGUAGCUAAUUAACACAAACUGAGAGAAGUGAAUUUGAAUCUAUUCUUUCCCUAGACAUAUGCACUCAUACUGAGGGCAAGAUUAAAGGCAGAGAAGAUGGGUUUAGUGUAGAUGGGUGCAUAAUUGUCAGUGCAGACACAGUAGACUCUGCUUCUAUGGUAUAUGACAAUGACUCUAUGACCAUCCCAAUAGUGUUAGGUGACAUCACUGAUUGAGUCGCCAUUUGUGUUUUCACCUCUGCUGUACAAAGCAGUUGUGUUUAAGAGCUUGGGGUGUCCCAAAAGAGAGAACUUUGACGUGACCCUGAAUACGACUUUUUUUUGUAGGCCUCAAGAUUAUAAAAACUAUUGAAAGAGCAUUUUGAGAAAAUAAAUUUGUUAAAAUUUGCAAUUUAAAUAUUUCAGUUUUGGUUCCACUGUAACUUGGUCUACAAUCCAAAUUGCUCUAAAAUGAUUGUGCAGGUGGUGGCUUUCUCCGUGGUUUUCUCAAGAUCCCUCCAAGCCAAACUUGGUAUCUGCUUGGUCUUCCCUCAUAAUGUGCUAUGAUCCUGGUGCCCAUCAACAGGUGUAUAGUAUGGAUGCAUUGUUUGUGAAACCGCACCAUCUACUAUCAUGACCUCAAAUACAAAUUGGGAGAUUCUCCAGACUUGAACAUUACCUCAAGCACUUAGGCCAACCUGCUAGUACAACCCCAUCACCCUCAGUAAUUUUCCCUAUAACAUAUCUCUGCAUUCCCAGUAAUUCUAACACCCACCCACACAUUAAGGACUUCUUCUUCUUCUUCUUCUUCUUCUUCUUAUCGAGUCCACACACAAGAUUAGAAGUUGUUCAGCCAGAGCUGAAGCACUUCUCGGCAUCUGCAUACAAUGGUGUCUGUCUUGUCGCUUCUUGUGUGUGGUGGUGGAAAGAUUGGUGGAAACAGGGCCGCCAUGAGAACGCUCUUUCCUCGACCUCACAUUAGGGACAAUUUACAGUGACCAAGUAAUCCACCAACUCGUGCAUCUUUGGGAUGUUGGAAGAAACCAGAGCUCUGGAGGAAAUUCACAGGCAGGUCCAAACUCCAUGCAGACAGCACCAGAGGUCAGGAUUGAACCUGGGUCGCUGGAGAUGUGAGGCAAUGACUCCACUCGUUGUAACACCAUUCCACCCCAUGCAAGUGGAACUAAAGUAGUCAGUGCUUUCUUAUGCAUGUGAGAUGAGAACAGGCAAAGAAGAGAAUGGUAGAGUUUAGCUUUCUCUACCUUUAAUUCGGUCACUCAAUGUUCUGUGGUUCUGUUCCAGGUAAUAGCAGAGCAAGCAGUAUUCCAGGUAAAGUUGGUUUGAAAGCAGGCGGAGCAUCGUGAGAUGUGUGGUUUUUAGCAAUAAUGGUCCUUGCCUUUAACCUUAACAUUUGCCCUUCCCUGAUUUAUUUUUCUUCAACAUAUUUCACUUCUAUUUAUUUCUGCUUUUUUUUUUGUUGCAACAAUUGCGAUUCUAAUGUUGGACCUACCAAUCUGCUGUGUACAUGGCUCAUUCCAAGAUAAUCAGUCAGCUUCAGUUUAUAUCCAGAUCUUUCCCGUAUCACAGCUUGUUAUUUUUGGACCAUUGCAUUACAUUACAAAACUCCUACCUCAGUCACUGUGGCAAGAGAACACAGGAUCUGUAUAAGGUGCUAACAGACAUGACUUAUGUCACCUUUCAGGUAUUCGUCUGAGGUAUCCCAUUUUACCAAGGCUCAGUUACUUUUUAAAGGUGUUAAGAAAUCAUUGCAUCCGGGGCUUUUUUAAACAGGAAAGCCCAGGUAGAGUUACUCCGCCUGAGUAGAAGAGAUUCGCUUUGGAGUACAAUGAAAAAUAGGAUGAGGAAACGGUGGCAGCCGCAGCGAAUAAACCAUAAGCUAUUUCUUUUCUUACAGCAUGACAUUUUUCUAUUGCAUCAGGAAAAAUUUAACAGGAAUAAAGUGUAGCACAUCUGUACACAGCUGUCACAGAGGGGUUGUAACAGUCUGGGUGGCAGGGCCUAGUGAGCAAGGUAACUGAAAUAGAGUUCCAGUGGAUAUUGUGUUUACCAAAUCAGAACUGUUUUAAGACUGUUUAAAAUAGUCUAGGCAACCAUGUAUCAAAGAUGCCAAUUGUUUGGUGCUUGCGCAGGUUCCUUGGGAUUCCAUUUGAACCUACCAUUGCUGUAUGUGUUCAAUGCAUUUUAUUUAAACAAUAAAAGCUUUUUAAUUCACUGGA